AUGGCGGUGGUUGUGGCCCUGGCGGGAGCCGUAACCACCACAGACCUAGGCCCCGCGGAAGAACUCGCCAAACUCGAGUAUCUGUCUUUAGUGUCGAAAGUUUGCACCGAGCUGGACAAUCACCUGGGGAUCAACGACAAGGAUCUGGCUGAAUUUGUGAUCAGUCUUGCUGAGAAAAAUACCACCUUUGAUACUUUUAAGGCUUCUCUGGUCAAAAAUGGUGCCGAAUUCACGGAUUCUCUUAUUAGUAACUUGCUGCGCCUCAUACAAACCAUGCGGCCUCCAGCAAAGCCUUCUACUAGCAAAGAUCCAGUUGUUAAACCCAAAACCGGAAAAGAAAAGCUGAAGGAACUCUUCCCGGUCCUUUGCCAGCCAGACAACCCUUCUGUCCGGACCAUGCUGGAUGAGGAUGAUGUGAAAGUCGCUGUGGAUGUCCUGAAGGAACUGGAGGCCUUGAUGCCCAGUGCAGCGGGCCAGGAGAAGCAGAGAGAUGCUGAGCACCGGGACAAGACGAAGAAGAAGAAGCGGAGCCGGAGCCGUGACCGCGACCGGGACCGAGAACGGGACCGAGAGCGGGACCGAGACCGAGACCGAGACCGUGAUAGAGACCACAAGAGGAGACACCGGUCCCGCUCCCGGUCACGCUCCAGGACCCGGGAGAGGAAUAAAGGGAAGUCUAGGUAUCGGUCAAGGAGCAGAAGUCAGAGUCCCCCCAAAGACAGGAAGGACCGGGACAAGUAUGGGGAGAGGAAUCUGGACAGAUGGCGGGAUAAGCAUGUGGACCGCCCUCCCCCAGAAGAGCCUGCCAUCGGAGACAUUUACAAUGGCAAAGUGACCAGCAUCAUGCAGUUUGGAUGCUUUGUGCAGCUGGAGGGAUUAAGGAAGCGGUGGGAAGGCCUAGUGCACAUCUCUGAGCUCCGUCGGGAAGGCCGUGUGGCCAAUGUGGCUGAUGUGGUGAGCAAAGGCCAGAGGGUGAAGGUCAAAGUACUGUCCUUCACUGGGACCAAGACCAGUCUGAGCAUGAAGGAUGUGGAUCAAGAGACUGGAGAAGAUCUAAACCCCAAUCGACGACGAAAUCUUGUUGGGGAGACCAAUGAGGAGACCUCCAUGAGGAAUCCGGACAGACCUACUCACCUCUCCCUUGUCAGUGCCCCUGAAGUAGAGGAUGAUUCACUGGAACGCAAGCGCCUUACCCGCAUCUCUGACCCGGAGAAGUGGGAGAUCAAACAGAUGAUUGCUGCCAAUGUCCUUUCCAAAGAAGAGUUUCCGGACUUUGAUGAAGAGACUGGCAUUCUCCCUAAAGUGGAUGAUGAAGAAGAUGAAGAUCUUGAGAUUGAACUGGUUGAGGAAGAGCCUCCAUUCCUGAGAGGGCACACCAAGCAAAGCAUGGACAUGAGCCCUAUUAAAAUUGUUAAGAACCCGGAUGGUUCCCUCUCCCAAGCAGCAAUGAUGCAGAGUGCCUUAGCCAAAGAAAGGCGGGAACUCAAGCAGGCCCAGCGGGAAGCGGAAAUGGAUUCUAUUCCCAUGGGGCUCAACAAACACUGGGUUGAUCCUCUGCCUGAUGCGGAAGGCAGGCAGAUUGCUGCCAAUAUGAGGGGUAUUGGGAUGAUGCCCAAUGACAUUCCCGAGUGGAAGAAGCAUGCCUUUGGGGGCAACAAAGCUUCUUAUGGGAAAAAGACCCAGAUGUCAAUCAUUGAGCAGAGAGAGAGCCUGCCCAUCUACAAACUGAAGGAGCAGCUGGUCCAGGCUGUCCAUGACAAUCAAAUCCUGAUUGUUAUUGGAGAGACAGGAUCUGGGAAGACAACGCAGAUCACCCAGUACCUGGCCGAGGCAGGCUACACGUCCCGGGGCAAGAUUGGAUGUACGCAGCCCAGAAGAGUAGCAGCCAUGUCGGUGGCCAAAAGAGUGUCAGAGGAGUUUGGUUGUUGCUUGGGCCAAGAGGUGGGCUACACCAUUCGAUUUGAGGACUGCACCAGCCCAGAGACAGUGAUCAAGUACAUGACAGAUGGGAUGUUGCUCCGAGAAUGCCUGAUUGACCCUGACCUCACACAGUAUGCAAUCAUCAUGUUGGACGAGGCGCACGAGAGAACCAUUCACACUGACGUGCUCUUCGGAUUGUUGAAGAAGACGGUACAGAAACGGCAGGACAUGAAGCUGAUUGUCACCUCAGCCACGCUGGAUGCAGUGAAGUUUUCUCAGUACUUCUAUGAAGCGCCCAUCUUCACCAUCCCAGGUCGAACAUACCCAGUGGAAAUACUGUACACAAAGGAACCUGAGACGGAUUAUCUGGAUGCCAGCUUGAUCACCGUCAUGCAGAUCCACUUAACAGAACCACCAGGUGAUAUCCUGGUCUUCCUGACUGGUCAAGAGGAGAUUGAUACCGCUUGCGAGAUCCUCUAUGAACGAAUGAAAUCCCUGGGACCGGAUGUUCCAGAGCUGAUCAUCCUGCCAGUGUACUCUGCUCUUCCCAGUGAGAUGCAGACCCGAAUCUUUGACCCGGCUCCUCCUGGCAGCAGAAAGGUCGUGAUUGCCACCAACAUCGCAGAAACCUCACUGACUAUUGAUGGCAUCUACUAUGUGGUGGACCCUGGGUUUGUGAAGCAGAAAGUUUACAAUUCCAAGACCGGCAUCGACCAGCUCGUGGUGACUCCGAUUUCUCAGGCUCAGGCAAAGCAACGAGCUGGCAGAGCCGGGAGAACAGGCCCAGGGAAGUGUUACAGGCUGUACACCGAACGUGCCUACCGAGAUGAAAUGCUGACCACCAACGUGCCGGAAAUCCAGAGGACCAACCUAGCAAGCACAGUGCUCUCGCUCAAGGCCAUGGGCAUCAAUGACCUGCUGUCCUUUGACUUCAUGGAUGCGCCUCCAAUGGAAACCUUGAUCACAGCCAUGGAGCAGCUAUACACCCUGGGGGCCUUGGAUGAUGAGGGCCUGCUCACUCGCCUGGGCCGCAGGAUGGCAGAAUUCCCUCUGGAGCCGAUGCUGUGCAAAAUGCUGAUCAUGUCCGUGCAUCUGGGCUGCAGCGAGGAGAUGCUGACCAUUGUGUCCAUGCUGUCAGUGCAGAACGUCUUCUACAGGCCCAAGGAUAAACAAGCCCUCGCAGACCAGAAGAAAGCCAAGUUCCACCAGACCGAAGGGGACCACCUCACCCUGCUGGCCGUGUACAACUCCUGGAAGAACAACAAGUUCUCCAACCCGUGGUGCUAUGAGAACUUUAUCCAGGCUCGCUCCCUGCGCCGGGCCCAGGAUAUUCGCAAGCAGAUGUUAGGCAUAAUGGACAGACACAAGCUGGACGUGGUCUCCUGUGGCAAGUCCACGGUGCGAGUGCAGAAGGCCAUCUGCAGUGGAUUCUUCCGGAACGCUGCCAAGAAAGACCCGCAGGAGGGCUACCGGACGCUGAUCGACCAGCAGGUGGUCUACAUCCACCCUUCCAGCGCUCUCUUCAACAGACAGCCCGAAUGGGUGGUGUACCACGAGCUGGUGCUGACCACGAAAGAGUACAUGCGUGAGGUCACCACUAUCGACCCCCGGUGGCUUGUGGAGUUUGCCCCGGCCUUCUUCAAGGUCUCCGACCCGACCAAGCUGAGCAAGCAGAAGAAGCAGCAGCGCCUCGAACCCUUGUACAAUCGCUACGAGGAGCCCAACGCCUGGAGAAUAUCCCGGGCCUUCCGCCGGCGCUGAGAGCCGGGACCCCCCGUCCGUUGUGCGGCCGUGGCCCAGGGCGGGGACUCACUCUCGUGGGGGAAAGCUCGUCCUGAGGGUACGGCUGUCCAGUGACUGUCUUCCCUGGGCCUUUUCUAAACUUGACUCUUACUUCUUCCCUGUGGUAAAAUAGAAACAGAGAUUUCUGCCUGGUUUGACCAGAGCCUCCAGCCCCUACCACCUCAAGGCACGGUGGCCGGGGGUGUGGCUCACGGCCGACGAGGGAGUACAGGGCAUCGUCUCCAUGAAAUGGGCAACUCCUGUCGUCCUAGGAUGGGAAGGGGAGUCUCGAGCAUCUGACCCCCAGGCGCAGUGAGGGCCUGAUGCCCUAGCUGGGACUCUGGAGGAGGGAGCCACGAAGCUCACUGCCAGUGUUGGCCCCACUUCCCGCCCCUGUCCAGCCCCCGUCCUGCUCAAUCUCCUAGAAAUAUUUAUUUUCUUAAGGAAACAUAAAUGGUUUUCUGUGGCCGUUUCUUCUAGCUGGAAGGUUAGGAUAUUGGCCCGGGCUCAGGGUGGGGAGAUGGGUGGCGUUGGCGCACGUGAUGGAGAGUCACCUGUAACCAGAGCUCUGGGCCUCGUGGGGCUCAGAGGUGACGCAUCACCCAGGCCUGCAGUCCCAUCUCUUGAUACCCGCGCAAGACCGGCUCUGCCACACAGCCCCGUGAUUAACCGCAUCCACUGCCCUGGUCUGGGCGCCUCAGUGGUCAGAUGCAGCACACUGAAUACAGAAUGCUCUCCCGGGCUACCUCCUCUGCACGCCACCCAGGGGGUGGUGCGUCCUUUCUCCUUUUGAAACAUGCAGGCGACGUCACAGCUUUUAUUUUUUUCCCCCUGGGGUCCUCGAUGGGCUUUAACAAAGGCUUUUUCUGGUCAAAGCCUCUCGUCCC